AUGAAAUCUUUCUCACCUCAGACACUAACCCUUCGGGAUGCAUUCGCGAAAGUCAGAUCUAUUCCUCCCCCAACUAAUACCGCGUUUAUAUCUGCUCAAUGGUGUUUCUUGACAGAUGGAUUUUUCAGUGCCACUCCCGAGGCUAUUGCUUAUCACCAGGCUCUUCGUGUGAAACAAGCGCUUGUGAACCAAGGCAUUCCGGUGGAGUCUCUUACAGUGGUUGAUGCCUGUUCAGGCACUGGAGCCAAUUCCAUACAGUUCGCUUCUGUCGGUUUUCGAGUGAUCGCUAUCGAAGUGGAUCCAACACGGGUAGCAAUGGCUAUGCACAAUGCCGAGGUCUACGGAGUCCGAUCGCAAAUCGAGUUCGUUUGUGCAGACUUUUUCGACUGGGCCCGGGCAGAACUGGGACGAUGCCAGAGUCGGAAUUCACAUACGUCACCACCUUACGCUGCGUUGUUCAUGUCCCCACCGUGGGGUGGUCCGGCCUACCUGGACGAGGAUGUUUUCGAUUUAGACUGGAUCCAGUUUGGACCGCACAAUGCGGCGGUCGGAUGCACGUUCUGGUUCUCUGUUCAACUUGCCAGCCAACUAACUGGUGGCAACGUGCUUCUGUUCUUGCCACGGAAUAGCAAUAUGGCUCAAUUGCCUCUGUUGAGUCAAUGUAUCAAUAGUACAACGUUUUGGUCAACUCCGUCCAAGCUAUCUUUGGAGGUCGAAGUAAAUGUGUUGAACGCGAAAUUCAAGGCGAUUUCCAUCUACUCCAAUUCUCUUUGCUACCGAAGCAAAGGCCGGCGUGAACAGUUAAAGAGCGCUGCGUCACCAGCGGAAGUAGUGAAGUGUACCGCAACAACAACAGAAGUAGCAGUACCCGAUUGUGGAAGCUGCCUGACGGUGGUAGAUUGA